UUGACGCCAAACAACGGCUGGUUUGAAAACAUUCUCCUAGCAAAUUUUACAUUUUUUAGUGUUUAUUGAAGACCUUUACGUCCAACUAGGCCUACCAAGUAGGAGGAGCAUCACCAGCUGCUCCUGGAGCCUCUAAGAGCAUUUAACAUGGCCUAAAAGUGAAAAAAACUUUAUUUGUUGGUACAAAUCCGACGACUCGUGCCUGGAAGAUAAUUUUAGUUAUGCCCUAGAAGAUGUUAAGAUGUGUCCACCAUGAAGCACUCGGAAGGUAUACACUGGAGCAGCUAUGGCUCCCUUAAGUAUUGAGGUACGAGGCUGGCUGCAGAUGUCACCGUGCAUUAUCCUCGACUGUCUCCUGCCAAACAGUGUUAUUAUCCCACUCACCUGCCAUAAAGAGAUCACACUCAGCAAGCUAAAAAGUGAAGAAAUAUGGCAGGGGCGAAAAAUCCCUUUGAUCGAGUUCUGCGGUCCUGAAGAAUACGUUCUGGUCGGUUUUAACCAAGAUGCUGAGCAGGAAAAAUUUUUUGGGGAUGAUCGGCGUCUGUGUGACCUGGGGUUUUUCUCCCCCAUAUUUAAAAAUUGUGGAGCCACUGGGAGCAGAGAGAAAAUCCUCAACUAUGAAAUCAGUCUGGCUAUUGGAAGGUCUGUCCACGAUCUUGAGGACUUCAAAGAUGCUGAGCUGCAGAAAUUCAGGAGGAGCAUUAUUGAGGUGGUGGGCGAAGCCGUCAGAGCACGGCAGCAAUGUGGCCUGGCCUCACUGGCUUGUUACCAGCAUCCCCCAGAGCUGGAGCCAACGCCCAAGCUUCCCAGCUACAUCGAUAAAAAUCUGGACCAAGGGACUAUGCUGACAAUCCAAAUGUGGUUAUCCCGUGGCAAAACUCCGCAAGUCUCCAUGGUUUCCCGUGGUGAGCUGUAUGCUGCACUCAACACGUUUGAUUUUGCGGAGCCAUCAUAUGUACGCACUACUGCCACCACUGAGUCUUCCUCAUCUGCAGGGUCAUCACCCAUGUCUCUGUGGCACCCUAGUAUGUCUGGCAGACUGACAGUGCAUAUUCUUGGGGCUACAAGUCUUAAUGUUAAAGAAGCUCAAAAGAUAUGUGUGCGAGCAGGAGUUUUUCAUGGGAGUGAUGCGUUGUGUGUCAUUCGUGAAACACAGUACGUGACCGGACACAACCCUUCGUGGGGUGAAUGGAUCCAAUUUGACCUACCCAUUCAGGAAAUUCCUCGUGGGGCAAAACUCUGCCUGUCAGUGUGCUCUGAGCGGCGACACACAGACAAGAAGAAGAAAAAAGAAAUGGAACACUACAUGGUGGCCUGGGGUAACAUCAGUCUGUUUGACUUCCGUAAUAAACUUGUGCACGAGAGAGUCUCCAUCGCCAUGCUGCCACCAUCCAAAGGCUACGAAGGACUCCUGAACCCUCUUGGAACCACAAGACACACAUUGGGCGGUGACAUCACCUGCCUCGAGGUGGGCUUUGAACGACGCUUUAACCAGAAUGUGACAUUCCCUGACGCCCAACAGAUGGAAGACUAUGCUCGCUACAUCAUCAAGUUGGAAGGCAGUAGCCAUGAGAUAAUUGUAAGAGCAAUGUUGCUUGUUUACUGGAGUGUACAACAUGGUCUUCCCUUCCAGCUGUACCUGCUACUUAAAGAUUGGCCAUUAGUGUCCCCAGAGAUAGCUAUGGAGCUGCUACAGUGCAAGAUUGCUGACCCAACCGUACGCAUGCAUGCGGUAAAGUCUCUUGACAAAGGCCUUCCAGAUGAAGGCCUCUUUCAGUAUUUGCUACAGCUGGUGCAGUGUCUGAAACACGAGCCCUACCUUGACUCCCCACUGCUGAGAUUUCUUCUGAGGAAAACUUUGACCAAUGCCAAGAUUGGACACUUCUUCUUCUGGCAGUUAAAAUCGGAUGUGCAUUCAUGGCCGGGCAGUCUGCACAGCCUGGCCAUCCUUGAGGCUUACUGCCGUGGUCUCGGCCCGGGCCUGAGGCUCAUUGUUCGACAAGUAGAAGUGGUGGACAAGUUGACCCGCUUAGCAGAAGCUGCUAAAGACCAUGGUGACAAUAAGUACCUGAGGGAGCAGCUGGCUGAGUCUGAAUAUUGCAACAGUUUACAGCACUUAACUUCACCUCUCAAUCGCCACUCGCUGGGUCGCCUCAGAGUCUCUGAAUGCCGUGCUGGACUCUGCCGCGUCCCUCUCUUCUUGGCCUGGGAUAACCCAGAGCCAAUGGCCCCUCUCUACUCCUUGUCACAUGGCAUCAUCUUCAAGAGUGGUGAUGACCUUCGACAAGAUAUGCUGACCCUCCAGGUUAUUGGCAUUAUGGCUCAGUUGUGGAACAAUGAGGGGCUUGAUCUGCGCAUGAUGCCAUAUUCUUGUUUGGCCAUGGGCAAACAGGUGGGGGUUAUAGAGGUGGUGCGUAAUGCCAAGACUGUGUACAGCAUCCAGAGCAGCUCCAAGCUGGGGGCCAUCCAGGUAGACUCCUCACAGCUCUACAAGUGGAUCCGGGAUAAAAACAAAGGUCUCAGGCUGGAGCAAGCAAUAGACAACUUCACACGGUCGUGUGCUGGCUAUUGUGUAGCCACAUUUGUACUUGGCAUUGGUGACCGUCACCCAGACAACAUCAUGGUCAAUCAGGAGGGUCUGAUUUUCCACAUAGACUUUGGACAUUUCUUGGGAAACUUCAAGAAGAAGUUUGGCAUCAGCCGAGAACGUGUACCAUUCGUCCUGACUCAAGAUUUCCUUCUUGUGAUUGCCAGGGGAGCAGAGAACCCAAAGGAAAGCCAGGAGUUCCAGAGGUUCCAGGAGUUGUGUGGCAAGGCAUACCUGGCCUUGCGCAAGUAUCACCGCCUCAUUAUCAACUUGUUCACACCCCUGCUGUCUACUGGCAUGCCGGAACUCCAGACACUGGAGGAUGUAGCUUAUUUACACAAGACCCUGGCUGUGGAGGCCUCAGAGCAGGAGGCCUUAGACUAUUUCCAAAAUCAAUUUUGUGAAGCUUAUGGAGGGGCAUGGACAACAAAGCUUGAUUGGUUCUUCCACUAUGUCAAGCAUAGGUAACAUUGUAUCCUCCUGUGACCAAGUGCACUAGACAUCAUGUCUACCUGAUGCUGGACUCAUCUUGAGGGAACUUAAGAACAUCACCUUCUUAUUGCUGAGACUUUUAUUUAGCAUUGAGGGUUUAUUUGUCCCAAUUUCAUAACUCAUUUUUUGUAAUAGUGGCUAUGCACAUUUUGUAAUGCUGGUUCACUGGUACUAUUUUUUAUUAUUGGUUUACAAGUAAAAAAUAUAGUUGCUAAAGGAACAGUAAUGCGAUAUACAUUUUCCUGUAUAUUUUUUAUCAUUUAAGCAGAAACAUGUUAAGUUAUGUUUAAUGACUAAAGUUUGCAUUGCUUUAAUAUUGUAGCAAUUGUCUGACUAAUCCAUAGGAUCAACUUGACAAGGUCAGUGAUGUUAUUGAUCAUUAGCAUCAUUAUUUAUCUUAAUUGAUUCUCAUUAUUUUGACUUUUCCAAUUUCACAUGAGAUGGAAACACCUAGCAGGAAAGGAAUAAAAAAAUACCAUGAUUUAUAAGUAUGUUGCUGGUACAUAACUUGUGGCAACUGUAAUAUUCGUUGGUACCUCGAGUUACAAACUUGAUUCGUUCCAGAAGGCUGUUCAAGUGCCGAUACCAAACGAAUUUGUUCCCGUAAGGAAUAAUGUAGAUUAAUCCAUUUCAGAUCCCCAAAAAUACACUUACAAAGGCACUUACAAAAAUACACUUACAUAAUUGUUUGAAAGUCGAGGUACCACUGUAGUAUUUUGAAAUAUGAAGACUACAGCACUAGAUGAAUGUGUUGAAGAUGUAGAUCUUUCAUUACAUCAGUAUCAUGAUGGUAUUAUUUCAGAUUGGGUCAAAAAUAAGCUUAUUGCCACUAGAAUAAAAAUGAUUUCUUUGUUUUGAUAAGUGUGAUAACCAUAGCAUAUACUGUGUUAUGGAAGAAAUCACAGUAAUAUGCAUGAUUGUAAAUAUGAAGAAAAUACCAUUGUGGUAUUGUUUUCAUACUGUAUUAUGUUAUUAUCACUCAGCAGUGUCUUCAACAUUUUAAUGUGUAUUUUUAAAAUGUGCCUUCAUUGUUUUUCUUUUUAUAUUUAUUUUAGUGUAAAUCCUGCACAAGUCAUGGAUUACAUGGUCAGACAUAAUGUAACAUUUGAAUUAAUAGUUUCCUUAUUUGUAUUCUUUGAAUUUUAAUGUUUAGUUUUUAUUUAUUGAGGAUAAAUGUGUUUUUCAUAAUGCUCUUGGGUCCAGUGUGGACAGUUUCACUUGUGUGCAUUGUAUGAAUGUAUUGAGGACUUUCAUGGACCACUGGACCACUAUCUUGGCCAAGUGCUACAUCAGCCAGGCUGUGAUUACUCUGUGGGCCACCAACAGCAACAGCCUGGUUGACCAGGCAGUGAAUAAGGAAGCCUGGCUUCAGGCCUUGUUACAAGAAUAGAAAAUCGUUCAAAACUAGUGGCAUGUGAGGUGACUAGCCUUUGACUUGGCGUAAGAUAGUUCUUUGUAACUAAUAUUAAGAAAUUCAGAGCAUUCAACUUUAAAAGCUUCUUCACAUAUAUUCACCACGAACAUUCCAUAAAGUACCGGUAAACGAGAUAGUAGAUGUACUUUCAGAAUUUGUUGGGUUAGUUAUGUGUAGUACUCAUCUAACAGCACAUGAGAUACAUUGAUUUUUUUCUUUUAACACAUAGGCCAUAUCCCACCGAGGCAGAGUGGCAUAAAAAGUAAAACUUUUGUUUUUGUUUUUACAUCAAGUAAUUUAUACACGAGAAGGGAUUACUAGCGCCUUGCUCCUGGCAUUUUAGUCACCUCUUACCACACACUUAGCUUAUUGAGAAAGGAUAAGAUUUAAAUAUGUACAGCGAUUUAUCCUCGUUAUUUGUUCUGUAUAUAUGCAUGUUUUGUUGUCAUGUGUUACAGUUUCAGACAUAAUUAGAAGGAAACCCUAGAUUGCAGUAAAUUUAAAAUCAAAUUUGUCUGUGGAUCACAAGGAAAAAAAGGUUAAUAAUUUUGAUAAUGAAAGAAAUCUCUUUGUUUCUGCAUCAAUAGUAGGAAUUCCUAUAAAGUCUUUUUCCAGAUUGAGUGAACAAAGUCCUCCUUUGGGAAAGUUUUAUUUUCAAUAUUUGAUAUCACAUUCUGUAAUCCACAUUAAAACUGAUUUAUUUAACCACAUGCAGAAGGUUUUUUUUAUUUCAGUGUGUAAACACUGUGAGGAAUUGUAGUGUUCAGGUAGUAAGGGUAAAGCAACUUCAGAAUGCACGAGUAGUGUUGAAAAUAAUUUUUUAUCACAGUUAAGAGAUUUUUCCAUGGGGAAAUGGAGAAGAGUCUUUCCUCCGUAAACCAUAAGUGUAAUGAGAGGCGACUAAAAUGCCUGGAGCGAGGGGCUAGUAACCCCCUUCUCAUGUGUACAUUACUAAAUGUAAAAAGAAGAAAAGCUUUUGUUUCUUCUUUUUCGGGUCACCCCGCCUGGGUGGUCACCCCGCCUCGGUGGUCACCCCGCCUGGGUGGUCACCCUGCCUCGGUGGUCACCCCGCCUAGGUGGUCACCCCGCCUCGGUGGUCACUCCACCUCAGUGGUCACUCAGCCUCAGUGGUCACCCAGCCUCGGUGGUCACCCCGCCUCGGUGGUCACACCGCCUCAAUGGUCACCCUGCCUCAGUGGUCACUCCACCUCGGUGGUCACACCGCCUCGGUGGUCACCCCACCUCGGUGGUCACCCACCCUCAGUGGUCACCCAGCCUUGGUGGUCACCCUGCCUUGGUGGUCACCCCACCUCAGUGGUCACCCUGCCUUGGUGGUCACCCCGCCUCAGUGGUCACCCUGCCUUGGUGGUCACCCCACCUCAGUGGUCACCCUGCCUUGGUGGUCACCCCGCCUCAGUGGUCACCCUGCCUUGGUGGUCACCCCACCUCAGUGGUCACCCUGCCUUGGUGGUCACCCCGCCUCAGUGGUCACCCUGCCUUGGUGGUCACCCCACCUCAGUGGUCACCCUGCCUUGGUGGUCACCCCGCCUCAGUGGUCACCCCACCUCGGUGGGAAAUGGCUGGUGUGUUAAAGAAAAAAAGUUAGAGAUAUGGCUUUUCUACCUUCACUGCCUUAAUUCCAUGUAAAUAUGAAAAAUUUGACUAUGGCUUUAAUAUACUUAACACAAAUUCUUCUGCUCAGCUGGUACUUAAGCACUGUUCUAGUCCUGGAAGCCUAUUUUAGCAUCAUAAAGGAUUUUAGAUAUUUUCCUGCAAUGUACAAAAAUUAAUUCUCAGGCAUCUUGUUUUGGUCAUAUUUUAGAAUUUAUAUUUAUUACUCUGUAUUGCUCUGCUCUUAUUACAGCUAAGAAAUUUAGGUUGUACUUUUAAAAUUGCUCUAGUGUUAGUUUCCAGAAUUUCAUUUUAAGUUCUGAAUGUAAGGAAAAAAUACUAAAAUAAGCUUUACUCAUGUAUAGGUUCUUGACUUAUGAUGGGGUUAUGUUCUGACAAACCUGUCGUAAGCCGAAAAUAUUGUUAAGUCAGAUAUGAAUACGAUAUGCUAGAUAAUUAAAUAAGCAACUACUGUCACUGAAUAAGUAAAUAAACAAAUAAUUAGUGUAAAUAAAUACCAGUAUUGAAAAGUAAAUACAGUGGACCCCCGGAUUAUGUAAUUAAUCCGUUCCAGAGAGUGAUUUAUUCCAAAUUAAUUUUCCCCAUAAAAAAUAAUGGAAAUCCAAUUACUCCAUUCCAGACACCCAAAAGUAUUAAACAAAAUAAUUUUUUACAUGACAUAUACAUUUCCCUACACAGAAAACAAUGAGACACGCAGAGUAAAACAUUACUAAACUGACACUUACCUUUAUUGAAGACUUAUGAUGAGUGGUGAGAUGGGAGGAGGGAAGAGGAUGGAGGUGUACUAUUGUUUGGAAUGGGAAUCCUCUUCCAUAAAGACUUCAGGUACCAAGUUCUUUUCCAGGGUUACUUCCCUUCUUUGUUUUUUAAUACCACUAGGACCAGCUUGAGAGUCACUGGACCCCUGUUGCAUAAAAUAUCUGUCCAUAGAGCUCUGUUUCUGGCAUGUCUUUUAAGAUUUCCCUAAAAUGGGACACAAUAUUGUCAUUGUACAUGUUGCCAACACAGCCUGCAACAGCUGUGUCAGGGUGAUGUUCAUCCAUAAAUGUUUGCACCUCACUCCACUUUGCACAAAUGUCCUUAAUCUUUGAAGAAGGCAACUUCCUCCAUCUCUCUUCCUCCUCCUCUAAAGUACAUUCCUGAGCUGUGGUCUGUUGGUGUUGCAGAUGAAGAUCUUGCAGCUCUGUAGUGGUUAGCUCUUCAUCAUGGUCCUCCACCAACUCUUCCACAUCCUCCAAACUCACAUCCAACCCCAUGGAAUUCCCCAAUGCCACAAUAGAUUCCACAACUGGCAUAGGCUCCUCAGGGUCAGCCCCAAACCCUUCAAAAUCCCUCUCUUGUACACAUUCUGGCAACAAUUUUUUCCAAUCAGAGUUUGAAGUCCUGAAAGUCACUCCCUCCCAACCCUUACCUAUAAGGUUUAUGCAACUGAGGAUACUGAAGUGAUCUUUCCAGAACUCUCUUAGGGUCAAUUCAGUGUCUGAGGUCAUUUUAAAGCACUUCUGAAACACUGCUUUGGUGUAUAGUUUUUUGAAAUUUGAAAUGACCUGCUGGUCCAUGGGCUGGAGGAGAGGAGUGGUAUUAGGGGGCAAGAACUUGACUUUGAUAAAACAAAACUCCUGCACCAUUCGCUCUUCCAGGUCUAGAAGAUGAGCGGGAGCAUUGUCCAUUACCAGGAGGCAGUUGAGGUCCAAUUUAUUUUUCAGGAGGUAUUUUUUCACACUGGGGCCAAACACAUCAUGGAACCAAUCAAGGAAAAUGUCCCUCGUCACCAACAUCACACACAUCACACACAAUUUACUCUUGACGACACUGUUUUUCUUGAACACUCUGGGAUUUUCAGAGUGAUACAUCAGUAAAGGCUUCACUUUGAAAUCCCCACUAGCAUUAAUACAAAACAUGAGAGUUAGCCUGUCUUUCAUAGGCUUGUGUCCUGGGAGUGCCUUUUCCUCGUAAGUAAUGUAGGUCCUUUUUUUCGCAUUUUCUUCCAAAUGAGGCCUGUUUUGUCACAGUUGAACACUUGUUGGGGUUUUAAUUUUUCAGCCUCUGUGUACCCCUUCAUAUUUUUCAGCUGCUUUUUUGUCAGAACUGGCAACCUUACCAUGCCUUAUCACACUGUGUAUGCCACUAAGAUUCUUAAAUCUCUCAAUCCAGCCUUUGCUGGCCUUAAAUUCACCAAUAUGAGCACUAGUUCCAGGCAUUUUCUUUACGAGAUCAUCAUGCAACUGCUUUGCCUUUUCACAUAUUAUUGACUGCAUAACACUUUCUCCUGAUAAUUGUUUCUCGUUGAUCCACACCAACAGCAAAUUCUCCACAUCUUCCAGUAUGUAUUUACAGUCUCUGUUAUGUAAGCAUAUUUGCCCCUCACACAACAACAGCUUCCUUGAUUGCAUUUUUCUUGGCCACGAUAGUAGCGAUGGUUGUAUGGGGUUUGUUAUACAACCUGGCCAGCUCGGCGACACGCACUCCACUUUCAUAUUUUGUAAUGAUAUCUUUCUUGAAUUCUAUAGCGUUUCUCACCCUCUUUACCAAGGGCUGGCACUAAAAGGAAUGGAAUAAUACAAAAUGUAUCGCAUGAAUGCGUAGGAUCAUCCUCACUGGCUGAUGAACAAUGGCACACUGACUGUACAAGGAGUGUCCGGGCACUGAGCCAAUAUUUUGACGCAAAAACGUUACUUAUUCCGAAUAUUACUGAUUCCUAUGAUGAUUUAAUCCGGGAGUCCACUGUAGAUGAAUACAAGUUAUGGACUUGCCAACAAUGCUGGGUAAUUUUCUUAAGUUUCAUCUCCUAAGUGGUAAUUGCUUUUAACCCUCUGAAGGUCCGUCCCGCAGUUCUAUGGCUUUGAAGCCUGGGUCCAAGCCAUAGUACUACGCCAUGAGCUCAGCUCACUCAGAUAAGGUGUGAGCGGUAAAUUUGGGUCUAGAUAUGAGAGAGUACAUCUGGUUAGUGUGUACCAUAUAAAACAAAUCCUGCAGUACGUAAUGCUUAUGAGAAAAAACUGAGACCAUGUUUUUGGAUUAAAACAGAGACUUUGUGGUGUGUUUUCAUAUAUUUUUUAUGGUUGUAUUCAUGAUUUCUUGGUCUCAUUUGACAGAGUCAAAGACAUGAUUGGUUUUAGUAGUGCAAAUGGCUUGAAACUGAGCUCAAAGUAGCGGAAGUGUUCUUUUUUUGCUGCUGUUCAGGAGUAAACAAAUGACAUCACACGUCCAACACUUGUCAGCUGGUGGGUCUACUGUGUGUUCACAAAUGCGCUGAUAUUAUUUACACAAUUAUUACAAUAUUGCAUAACAGUAAAUCUUUUAUUUUUUGGUGUGAAUAAAAAUUCAUUAUGUGAAUAAAAAAUCAAAAUGGAAUUCAUUUGUAAAGCCUGAAAACAUAACUAAUAAACAGGGAAUGUUAUUUUAGUGCCAAGAAUGCCUGCAUUGUUUAUUGUGGACCCUAUUUUGAAAUUUGGAAUAUUUUGAACUUUGUUUGAAAUUGGCCAAAUUACCAGUUUCUGAUUACCAGUCUUCUGCUCAAUCGAUAAAAUAGAAGUAAUACUAGAGAAAUAGCUAAGAAUUUGGUCAACUGAGAUAAUGUAAUUGCCGUAAAAUGGGAGUCAAAGUGAGCAAAAUCACUGAUGCACAAAUAUCAUUGAUGCAGAAAAAUUUGAGAGACCGUAAUUUCGUCAAUUUUCCAUCAAGUUUCAUAAUUUUUGUUUUAUUCCCUUCAGAAAAGAUUCUCUACCAUCUCAUGAGAAAAAAAUAAAAAAUUUUUUGGAAAAUUCUUGAACCCUGUGGACAAGUUUCAGAUUGGGGGUCUGGAUCCUGAAAGGGUUAAACCAUUGUAAAAUCAAAAUAUCAUAAGUUGAACCAUUGUAAGUCAAGGGGUACCUGUAUCUACAUAUCCUUUACUUAAAAUUAGGUGAUAAGUGUCAUUAAUCUAUGCAGAUGUUUGCUAUCUAGAGUUGCUAGAGCUUAUUAACAUUAGGAACCUUAAUACAAACUGUCAUAUUCUUGAGGAACCUAACCAAUACCAUGACCCUUUUGGUGUAAUGCUUAGUUUGCUUAUCAUUAACCAGCACAGUCCUGUUAAUGUGCUGGUAAUUUCAGAAAAAGCAAGGAGUGUAUCUGAAGAUUUAAAAAAAAAAGUAAAAAGUUGUAUUAGUACAACACUUGCCUCUUCACUGCCAACAAUUUGGAGAGAAAACUUUCAGUGUGUUGCUUUGUCUUGUAUCAUUAUCAAGUCUUGACUUGAUAGGUAAUGCAGAGAUAUUUAGCUUUUAUUAAGACUUCUUAAUUAAUGCUCUGCUCUAAGUACCUUCAGUACUUUGCCUGCCAAACACUUACAACGUGAAAUUGGUUCGUGACAGACUGACAAGUCAUCCAAGAUUUCUUUUCUAAAUUGUUGGUUAAUUAUAAAUUGUUUGUCAUGGUGUUGUGACGUAUUUCCCAUCUGCCUCUUAAACAUGAGACCAUAUCAGUAAUAUAUAAGAAUUUAUAUUUUUGUAAUGAAUGAGUGUAGAGGUUUAUCAUAAUGUUUGAAUGGAUUGUAACAGUGUCAACUCCAUCAUUUAAGACUGGUUAGAAACUUAAAAUGUAUAACAUAGGAAGAUUUUUUUUUCUUAUUUUCCAGAGGUUACAUAAUUUGUAUACUUGUCUAUGCUAUCUUUGUUCAUUUUAAUUUCUCGGCUGUUUUAAAUGAAAUAUAAUUAAUCUCUUCCUAGGUAGUAGGUUGGUAGACAGCAACUGCCCAGGGAGGUACUACCGUCCUGCCAAGUGAGUGUAAAACAAAAGCCUGUAUUUGUUUUACAUGAUGGUAGGAUUGCUGGUGUCCUUUUUACUGUCUCAUGAACAUGCAAGAUUUCAGGUACGUCUUGCUACUUCUACUUACACUUAGGUCACACUACACAUACUUGUACAAGCAUAUAUAUACACACCCCUCUGAGUUUUCUUCUAUUUUCUUUCUAGUUCUUUUUUAUUUUAUUAUUUCCUCAUAUCUCCAUAGGGAAAUGGAACAGAAUUCUUCCUCCAUAAGCCAUGCGUGUUGUAAGUGGUGACUAAAAUGCCGGGAGCAAGGGGCUAGUAACCUCUUCUCCUGUAUAUAUUACUAAAUGUAAAAGGAGAAACUUUCGUUUUUCCUUUUGGGCCACCCCCGCCUCGGUGGGAUACGGCCGGUGUGUUGAAAGAAAGAAGAAUUAAUCUCUUAAAGAUUUCUUGUUCGUGCACUCGUUCUUUCUCUCUCAUUCUCUCGUUCAUUUGUCUCUAAUGUAUUUAAUCAAUUUCCUUUUGUGCAUAGACCCAUUAUUUAUAUAAAUGUAUGAGAUAUAUACUGGUUGAAGUGUUUACACUCUAGUGAACUCCUGGAGUAAAUACACAUCAUUAUUCACUGUUAUAAGAAGCCCAUGGAUUUCCAUUCAAGAUCUUGAAGGAUGUCAACGACUUUAGUUUAUAUAUUAUAUGCAACUAGUCAGGUAAUUUUACCUGUGAACCUCCAGGAAAGUGGGAGGUACCUUGAUGUCAGUGAUGAGAGCUCAGUUUCCUUCACAGGGCUGACCCUGGGUGCCUCCCAUCCCCCAUGCAUUCUACAACAACUGUGGAUUUAAAUCUUACCUCAGUUAUAAUAAUAAAUCUUGUUAUGAAUGGUAACUUCAUGGGUAAGCAAGUACUGUAUUACAAACAACUGAAGACAAUUAUUUUUCAGUGAUUAAUAUUAAGUUAUAUAGUGAGGAUAAGGAAGGACAUUCACUGCUAAGUUCCUUUUUUUUU